GAUGUGCAUCCGCCCAAGGCAACCUAUCCUCGAGCUCGCUGUCCGGCACGACGUCAAGCAUUCAAGAUAUCAAGACUAUCGUUGUGCUCAUCUCAAGUAACACAGCAACAACCUGCCCAGCAUGAUCAUUUCAAAGAAGAACAGGCGCGCUAUCUACGAAAACCUCUUCAAGGAGGGUGUCCUUGUGGCCAAGAAGGAUUACAAUGCGCCCAAGCACGAAGACCUUGAUGUUCCUAACCUCGAGGUAAUCAAGGCCAUGCAAAGCUUGACCUCCAAGGGAUUGGUCAAGACUCAGUUCUCGUGGCAAUACUACUACUACGUCCUCACUCCAGAAGGUGUCGACUAUCUCCGUGCAUGGCUACAUCUCCCAGAUGAGAUUGUUCCUGCUACCCACAAGCGGGCUGUCCGUCCUCCCCGUCCUGCCGUUGUGCGCCAAGGUGGCGAGGGUGGUGCAUACCGCGCCCCUCGCGGUGAUAGGGAAGAUUACCGGAGAAAGGAGGGUGGUGCGCCCAGCGAGUUCAGGCCACAGUUUGCAGAUGCCGGUCGAGGUGCCCCCAGAGAGUAGAAGUUGAUUGCGACCUUGGUUGGAUGUCGCUUGGGAGUCCAGCUGCCGAAGUGACUGUCGGGAAACCUCACGCCCGCUUUACUACCCGUUGUGCUGACGGAUGACACUGUUGUUUCACGUAGCUCUCAGUACACAAAAUAUAUGGACGACGAUUUUGUCCUCCUUGGAAGUUGUGUGGAUUCCAGUCGUGUCGGGCUCCAACUUGCUUGGCAUUCCCACAGUCGUUCCCCG